AAGGCUGCCCAGUAAAUGUUCCAGUAUUUUUCAAUUAAACUCAAAAUGGUGGUGCGUCGAUAACAGUUCGAAACUUGCAAACCUGUACAAAAGAGUUCAGUCAAUACGGCUUAAGAAUGAGAAACAAAGGUGUAAAAAAUUAAUCCACGUAUUUAUUUUUUCCGAAUUACAUAUUGAUAUAAUUCCAACACAGUUAAUUCGAAAGUGAAGUGAGUCUCAAAAGGAAAUGUUUUAUCGCGUAACCAUAUUCGACCUUGAAAUUUCUUCUCUGUUGCACAGUGAGAAGAUACCGCAAAAAUAUUUGUCAUUAUGGCAACGGAUUUAGUCUGAGUUACACGAGAAAAUUCACCGUCGAUUAAAUUGAUUUCAAUUCCGUUACUUGACAUCCGGUGACAUGUGUUUAGUACACGUGACUCUGCAAUGAGUUCCAAGUGAAAUUAUCAUGGCUAAAAAGAUGGAAGCGAAAGAGUGGAGUAUCGCCAGAACGGGGAUUUCUCUUUUGUUGAAUAACAAAGUCGAGGAAGCCGAAGCGCUGUUCGACGGCCACCCCCACAGCUUCCACGUAAAAGCGGGUCGCUGUUUCGUCCUGUUUAUGAAUGCGCUAAUGACGUUCGAGAACGAUAAACUUCAGCAAGCUAUGACGCUACUGAAGGACAUGGAGAGAGAAUGUGCGAGUGAUAUAGGGUGGCUAAAGUCUAUGAAGAGCAAGGUUUUCAGGACGGAAGAAACUAAUAAGGAUUAUAUCAACAAACUGGAGAGGCAAAUAGUGUUGGCAGACUCGCAGGUCUGUUCGGCGAUAUUAACUUUGCUGCAACAAGAACUGACUGGUUAUGUCCGUGGCGGGUGGAUGUUACGCAAAGCCUGGCAAGUUUAUCAGCACGCCUAUUCGCAAAUUUUACAGCUGUAUCAACGUACGUUCGGCACCAGUCCGUCGGGGUUCAAUACGAGGUGCAGUACACCGUCGUGUAACGGGUCCUCCUAUUCCCUGCAAAGUCUUCAAAGUCCAGGUUCUUCGGAAUGGUCUAUACCAUCCUGCAACGGUUCAACAAACCACCCAACACCAGUCUCGUCCCCCUCAGGUCUGCGAAGCUCUCUAUCAAUGUUCUUCUCGCUCACUGGCAUCACGUCCGAACAACAGACACCUUUCGUUGAGCCCAGCGAGGUCUCCAGACUGAUGUCCGCAGUUAGCUUUGGCUACGGGAUUUAUCAGUUGUGUGUCAGUUUAUUGCCGCCAUCUCUCCUUAAAGUAAUUCACUUUCUGGGGUUCGAGGGCGAUAGAGAAGCGGGUCUCACCGCUUUAAUGUACGCGCGGGUUAGCGAAGACAUGCGUGCUCCUCUUGCCACUUUAUCUCUGCUUUGGUACCACACAAUCGCGCGUCCUUUCUUCGCUCUCGAUGGCAGCAAUCUCCGAGCAGGAGUGAACGCUGCUAAACAAUUAAUCGCAGAGUGUCAGUCAGAGUUUAACAAUUCUGCGCUUUUCCUGUUCUUUGAAGGACGAAUACAGAGGCUCGAGUCAAACGUGAACGACGCUCUACAAGCAUACGCAAAGGCGGUCGAAAUUUCCAGCCAGAGGGAAAUAAAACUGUUAUGUUUGCACGAGGUAGCGUGGUGUUACCUAAUCCGAUUGAGUUACGAAGAGGCUUACCGAUCUCUGACUCAAUUACGCCAGCAAUCCAGGUGGUCUGUGAGCUUCUAUGCUUACUUAGCGACUGUUUGCUGUGGAGCGAUCGGUAAAUUCGACAUCGUGGCUGCGUCUUAUAGGAAGAUACUCAAUUCCAAUAAUCGAAUGAGCAAGGAGACGCAGCUUGGUUUAUUCGUGAUGCGUAGAACGCCUAAGCUGUUGAAUCAGGAGACUGGACAACCGUAUGCGGUGUUGUAUUAUAGAUUGCUGAUAUACGAGCUGCUUUAUUUGUGGAACGCCAUGCCGUCCUGCUCUGCGGAGUCGCUAAGGGGAAUUGUUCUAGAAUGUAAAGGUAACCGUUCAGACGAGCCCAUGGUAGGACUAGCAGAUUUAAUCGAGGGUGCGGCCUACUCCUACCUAGGCGACACGCAAGCAUCGAUAGAAAGUUACCGAAAUUGUAUAAAACGUCGUAAUCCGUCCAACGAUGCGAACGAUCAGCACGUCAGUGCAUUCGCACUUUACGAACUAGGCACCGCACUUUGCAUUAUCAAUAACGUGGAAGAAGGUAAAAUGGUUCUCUCGAAAGCUCAAAACCAGUACAGAGAUUACGACUUCGAGGGUCGAUUGAACGUACGAAUACAUACCAGCCUGAAGAACUUCAACUGACGAAUAAAAAUCUGUACGGUUGUAAUAUACCUGUAGAAUUGCAAAUAUUUUAAGGUUCUUAUGGUUUGUCCUAUGAGACUCCGUCUAUAUAACGUUACUAAACUUUCUAUACAUCAGUGAUUUCAAUUGAUCGCAAUAUCUCAAAGCGUAGUUUGUUUCGUCGAGAUUGUACCAAACGGUGUUCGUUUAUUCCGUCUACACUGGUGUAGAGAUUCUACUAUGCAGAAAGUAUCCUAUUGUUACAAUGUACAUAAUACAUAUAUUCGUAUACUUGUUCGUCCUGUUGUACGUACAAUCCGCACGAUUUUUAAGGCAUUUGCAAUAAACUAAUUGAAAAAGUAAUUAUUUUAAAAUGGUUUCUCUUGAUGAUCCUUGAAUCUUAUGCAAUAUAUGG